AGCUUGGCAGGCAGCAUCUCGACAGGGAGAGAGACCCUCCACGGAGGCGUAGACGAAACCGAGCUCCGCCCUUGCGAUCCCACCCAUGAUCUCGUUCGCCAGACGACCUUGAGAGCUUUAGCUUCCAUGUCGGUUGGCAGAGUACUCGGUGAUCAUCCUUCUCAGUGACCCCGCGACUGCAUCCGAAAGCGCAUCAUCGAUUCGAUGAAGCAACCAUUCGCGAAAGAAUGAUAUUUCGUAUUCACUGAUAUUCCAUACGCCAACCAGACUCCUUCCUAUUUUGCGCGUUAUAAUUCGCGACACUGUGAUAGAUCUUUUUACGUUUAUUAUCUUGUGAAAUUACAUUUUUGUUCAUCCUUGUGUGUGUUGUCAUCGAAAAAUCGUGCAAGAUCACGCGAUCGUGAUCGCGAAAAUGCUCGGUGGAUUCGACGCUCAAUCGGACUAUUAUCCACAGUGGCAUCAGCCGUGCAAUUAUGUCACCCAGCUUCCUUACGGUCCACUCGGUGGUCCAGACUCGGAUAACCAAUCGACGUACUGGGGGGCGGAUUCCGGUAUCUCUGGUGGUAGUUCGGGCGCAGGAAGCCCAACGGCCUCUACGCCACCUCUGAUAGAAGAGAUCGGUGUUCAGGAUUCAAAUUACUCAGCUCUUCAACAAUACGUACAUCCAAGCGCGAACGGUGCACAACAUUACUCUACUUUGUUGUACCCACAACAACAGCACCAUCAUCAUCAUCAUCAUCAUCAUCACCAUCAUCCUCAUCAUCCGCAGCAUCCUCAUCAUCAAGAAACGCAUCAUCAGCAACAACAAACGCAGCAGCAGCAGCCGCCACAACAACAACAACAACAACAACAACAACAACAACAACAACAACAACAACAACAACAGCAACAGCAACAACAACAGCAGCAGCAGCACAAUCAACGUAGAGGGGACGAAUUUACGAUGGCCGGUGUCGGAGGUGCCGGUGGUUCAGCAGUUUCGUUAAAUGGCGUCGGCGUCGGUGUCGGCGUCGGUGUCGGUGUCGGCGUUGGCGUCGGAUCUCUUCAGCAACAUCUUCAGCAUCAAGCUGCAAGGGAGGGCAACCCGAUGGUUAGGCCUAAACGCCGUAAUACGGCUAAUAAAAAAGAGAGAAGACGCACUCAGAGCAUUAAUAAUGCUUUCGCGGAUCUAAGGGAUUGCAUUCCGAAUGUACCGGCGGACACGAAGCUCUCGAAGAUAAAGACAUUGAGGCUUGCUGCCUCGUAUAUCGGAUAUUUGAUGGCCGUAUUGGAAAGCGACGAAAGCGAGGAGCCUCAAACUUUCCGUGCCGAGAUAUUGUCCAACGGUAGGAGAAACAAGAACGCCCAAUCAAGUCAGAGCGAGACGUGUUUGCAAUCUAUUUCGAACGUAGCUCACGAAGAAUCGUCCAAGAGCAAAGGCCGAACGGGAUGGCCGCAACACAUGUGGGCCCUGGAAUUGAAGCAAGAAUCGCCAACGAAUCAAAUGCAAUAAAUCAAAGAUCGAAAAACUCAUUAUUUGACGUUCGCCUUAGAACGGAUUAAAAAUUUAUUUAUAAACGAUUAUUGUAAAAAUGAAAGAGAUCUCUCGCGCGUUGUACAUAUUUCGCGUUUAAAUUUAUGUGUAAAUAGAGAAUGCUCGUUGCUUUUAGUUGCUCGUCAAUUUAGCAUAUCGUUACAAGGAAAAGGAGAAAGAGAGAGAGAAAGAGAGAAAGAAAGAGAGAGAGAGAAAGAAAGAGAGAGAGAGAGAGAGAGAGAGAGAGAGAGAGAGAAGAGAGAAAAGAGGAUAAUAACGGCUUGCGGUCCUCCUGACAUUUAAUAAUUUGUAAGCGAGUUUAGAUAAAUACUUGAUCUCUUUGAGAUUCCUUUCUAUUAUUAAGAAUCCUCGCUCUUUGAUUCGUUUGUAAACUUUUGUAUAAAGCACCGUUAACCCUUAAAGGCUAUCAUAGCUGUAAUUUCACUCCAUGCAAAUUUUCUUAAAAAACGUAACGACUUGUACGACGGACAAUGUUUUGCCUAUUUAUUCAGACUAUCAGAAAUGACAACGUUAUCGUAAAACAUAUCAGUUCUCUCGCAUACUUUUCUAUACCUAAAUAUAAGAACAACAAAAAAAAAAGAAAGUUAAUUCGGGCUGAUAUUUGGUGAUAGCUUUUAAGUCUUAAAGUCCUGUAAAAGAUAUCAAUCGGCAAUAAUAAAAACGUCGUAUCACCAAGA